UUGGAGGACCGUAGAAGAAGAAGAGGACUACAUCGUGCCGGCUGGUAGUAAAGUUUUGUGUUGGAGAAUUCAGCGGACAGUGAGACUGAUUUAAGGCCGACUCUGAGCGACAUGGCGCCGAUGAACCUCCUUCAUAACUCCGCUACAGGAGCGGGAUGCAGGAGCGAGUUGGAGUUGGAGCUGCGUGCCGUGCUGCAGCAAAGGAUCAUGGUCCUGGACGGAGGGAUGGGGACGAUGAUCCAGCAGCAGAAACUGGAGGAGGAAGAUUUCAGAGGAGACGAGUUCAAAGAGCAUCCUCUUCCUCUGAAGGGAAACAACGACCUGCUGAGUAUCACACAGCCAAACAUCAUCUACAACAUACACAAGGACUACCUGUUAGCCGGAGCUGACAUCAUAGAGACCAACACCUUCAGCAGCACCUGUACGGCUCAGGCUGACUACGGACUGGAACACCUGGCGUACCGUUUGAACAGAGCAUCUGCAGAGCUGGCGAGGAGAGCGGCUGAUGAUGUCACCAAACAGACGGGUGGUAAACGGUACGUGGCGGGGGCCCUGGGUCCGACCAAUAAGACGCUGUCUGUGUCACCGUCUGUGGAGAGACCAGACUACAGGAACAUCACGUUUGACCAGCUGGUGGAGGCAUACUCGGAGCAGGUCAGAGGCCUGUUAGACGGAGGAGCGGACAUCCUGAUGGUAGAAACCAUCUUUGACACCGCCAACGCCAAGGCAGCUUUGUUUGCCAUCGAACUGAUGUUUGAGAAGAGCUACGACAGAAAACCCAUAUUUGUGUCGGGGACCAUCGUGGACCGUAGUGGACGUACUCUGUCGGGUCAGACAGGAGAAGCUUUCGUAGUGAGUGUGUCACACGCUAAACCUCUGUGUAUUGGUCUGAACUGUGCUCUGGGGGCCACAGAGAUGAGACCUUUCAUUGAAGCUAUCGGACAGAACACCACAGCUUUUAUUAUCUGUUACCCUAAUGCAGGUCUUCCAAACACGUUUGGGGAUUAUGAUGAAACUCCUCAGCUCACAGCGUCACAUUUAAAGGAGUUUGCAGAGGACGGCUUGGUGAACAUCGUUGGAGGUUGUUGUGGGACGACUCCAGCUCACAUCAGAUCGAUAUGUGAGGCUGUCAGACACUGCAGACCUAGAGCGCCACCUGCUGAUAUUUAUCAGGACUACCUGCUGCUGUCAGGUCUGGAGCCGUUCAGGAUCGGUCCGUACACAAACUUUGUGAACAUUGGCGAGCGCUGUAACGUGGCCGGAUCACGGAAGUUUGCCAAGCUGAUCAUGUCGGGAAACUACGAGGAGGCUCUGAGCAUCGCUAAGGCUCAGGUGGAGAUGGGGGCUCAGAUUCUGGAUAUAAACAUGGACGAGGGGAUGCUGGAGGGACCAGCCGCCAUGACACGUUUCUGCAACUACAUCGGCUCAGAGCCCGACAUCGCCCGGGUCCCUCUGUGCAUCGACUCGUCCAACUUUGCGGUGAUCGAGGCGGGGUUAAAGUGCUGUCAGGGGAAAUGUGUCGUCAACAGCAUCAGCCUGAAGGAGGGUGAGGACGACUUCCUGCAGAAAGCCACCACCAUCAAACGCUACGGAGCCGCCGUGGUCAUCAUGGCGUUUGACGAGACGGGGCAGGCCACAGACACGCAGCGGAAGGUGGAGAUCUGCACUCGGGCUUACAAUCUGUUGACCGAUACAGUCGGGUUUGACCCCAAUGACAUCAUCUUUGACCCCAACAUCUUGACCAUCGGAACGGGCAUGGAGGAACACAACGAGUACGCCAUCAACUUCAUCGGAGCCACCAAACUCAUCAAGGAGAAGUUACCCAGAGCCCGGGUCAGUGGCGGUCUGUCCAACCUGUCGUUCUCCUUCAGAGGGAUGGAGGUGAUCAGAGAAGCCAUGCAUGGAGCCUUUCUAUACCACGCCAUCAAGGAUGGUAUGGACAUGGGGAUAGUGAAUGCUGGGAGUCUUCCCGUGUAUGAUGACAUCGAUAAAGAGCUGCUGUUACUGUGUGAGAACCUGAUCUGGAACAGAGACACGGAGGCCACAGAGAAACUGCUCACCUACGCUCAGAACAACGUGAAAGGAGGGAAGAAGGUUGUUCAGACGGACGAGUGGAGACGAGGCAGUGUGGAGGACAGGCUGGAGUACGCCCUCAUUAAGGGUAUAGACAAGUACGUGGUGGAGGACGUGGAGGAGUGUCGGGCUCAGGUGGAGCAUUACACUCGACCCCUCCACAUCAUCGAGGGUCCUCUGAUGAACGGGAUGAAGGUGGUGGGCGAUCUGUUCGGAGCGGGGAAGAUGUUCCUGCCUCAGGUGAUAAAGUCUGCUCGUGUGAUGAAGAAGGCCGUAGGAUAUCUGAUUCCUUUCAUGGAGAAGGAGAGAGAGGAGAUGAAGGCUCAGUCAGGAUCUACUGAGGACGUGGAUCCAUAUCAGGGCACCAUCGUCCUCGCCACCGUUAAAGGAGACGUUCACGAUAUCGGGAAGAACAUUGUAGGUGUGGUCCUCGGCUGCAACAACUUCAGGGUGAUCGAUCUGGGUGUCAUGGUUCCCUGUGAUCGGAUCCUCAGAGAGGCCGUCACACAUAAAGCAGAUAUCAUCGGUCUGUCUGGUCUCAUCACGCCAUCGCUGGAUGAGAUGAUCCACGUGGCCAAAGAGAUGCAGAGACUCAACAUGGACACGCCUCUGCUGAUUGGAGGAGCCACCACCUCCAAGACACACACGGCGGUGAAGAUCUCUCCUCGGUACUCGUCUCCUGUGAUUCAUGUUCUCGAUGCUUCCAGAAGUGUUGUAGUGUGCUCUCAGCUGCUGGACGAGGUGGUGAGGGACGAGUACUUUGAGGAGGUGAAGGAGGAGUACGAGGACAUCAGACAGGAGCACUACGACUCUCUGAAGGAUCGUAGGUUUGUGUGUCUGUCUCAGGCCAGAGAGCAGCGUUUACACAUCGACUGGAUGUCUCCGAGCAGACCAGUGCGUCCUCAGUUCUUGGGCCCUCGGGUUUUCCAGGACUACGAUCUGACUCGUUUGUGUGACUUCAUCGACUGGAAGCCGUUCUUCGACGUGUGGCAGCUCAGAGGGAAAUACCCCAACAGAGGCUACCCAAAGAUCUUCAAGGACAAGACUGUCGGUGAAGAGGCACGGCGAGUAUUUGACGACGCCCAGCGGCUGCUCCAACAGAUGAUUGACAAUGGCAGUCUGAGGGGGCGGGGCCUGGUGGGUUUCUGGCGUGCUCAGAGUGACGGUGAUGACAUCAAUGUGUACAAAGACAAUGUCACGGUGCACAGAGACACCAAACCCAUUGCCACCUUCCAUGGACUACGACAACAGGCGGAGAAGAUGGACGGCUCAGGGCCCUACCUGUGCCUGUCAGACUUUGUGGCCCCUGCAGACAGCGGGGUGCAGGACUAUGUUGGACUGUUUGCAGUGGCCGUGUUUGGAGCAGAGGAGCUGAGUCAGCAGUUUCAGGAUCAAGGAGACGACUACAACAGCAUCAUGGUCAAAGCUCUGGCUGACCGGCUCGCUGAGGCGUUCGCCGAGGAGCUGCACUGUCGUGUUCGUAAAGACCUGUGGGGGUACAGCGGUGAGGAGGAGCUGCACGCUUCAGACCUGCACAGAGUCCGAUACCAGGGCAUCAGACCAGCUGCAGGUUACCCGAGUCAGCCCGACCACACGGAGAAGAGCACCAUGUGGAGCCUGGCCCAGAUCGAGGAGAGGACCGGUAUCAGUCUGACAGAGUCUCUGGCCAUGUCUCCUGCUGCUGCAGUAUCUGGACUCUACUUCUCUCAUCCUAAGGCUUCUUACUUUGCUGUGGGAAAGAUCACCAAAGAGCAGGUGGAAGAUUACUCCAGGAGGAAAGACCUGAGGGUGGAGGAGGUGGAGAGGUGGCUGGCUCCUAUUCUCGGCUACGACACAGACCAGUGAGACAGGUGGACCAGAGACUGGUACAAGUGAUCCAGAACCAGGGACUACAACUCUGGCUGCCCGCCUGUAGGACUACAGCAUCUGUACAUGGGACUCUCACACUAGGCCACUGGCCCCCGUGUUGGAGUUUUGAAUCCAUCAGGUCAGAGAGAGAGAUGAUAAAGGCAAAACACGAAUGACAAACUGUGAGACUGCGGCGCACCCUGAGAGGUCGCGAUGGAGACGACCAGCUGAUCUCAUGAAUCCUUCAGAAACAAGUUUUUUUUUUAAGUCUGUUUAUAAAGUAAAGAGGAGAGAGGAAUUAUCUUCAUUCAAAAAGUUUGUGUUCAUGUCGUCAUCUCAGAGGAUCAGCUCCGAUAGCGAUACCUGUUUGUUACCAUGGCAACUAAAACAGAAGUCUUAGACACUAAAUGUUAAGUUUGUGAUUGUUUUAAUCACCAAAAGCUGCAGACCAACUCCUGAACACGUCUAAAGAUGUGUAUGCUCAGGUGUGUGUCAGGUGUGUGUUGUGUGCGUUUGUUCAGGUGUUCAGGUGUGUGUCAGGUGUUCAGCUG